GUCGGGGUGGGGUACAGAUCAUAAUGGUCCCUUACUUUCCCACUACGUUCUGCGAUCUAUUCGGCGCUUUGGGGCAGCAACACUGUUCGCUCAUGGGGUGGGCGGGGUAGGUAGCCCGGCGUUCGAAAUGCUAAGUGACCAGCCUGAGAUCACAAAGCCAGUCAGUGAAGAUACUGGGAUCUCAGCCCAGACUUUCUGAUUACAAGUGCCAGCAUCAGAUUCUGAGUUCCCUCUAUGAUCUGGGUACUGUACUAGCCGCCUGCAACAAAGAUCAGUUAUUCAAGAUCCUUCCCCUCGGGGAAUUAGUUGUGUAGUGGAGACAACCAAGCAGUGUAAAGUGGAGUGGCUUUGGAGAUAUAUCAUCCCCUGUAAUCCGGGAGGCAGAGGUGACACGGACUGCACGGAAACAGAGUGCUCAAAAAAGAGUUUUACUUCAGGCAUCUCAAGAUGAAAAUUUUGGUAAUACUACACCAAGAAACCAGGUUAUCCCUCGAACUCCUAGCUCAUUUCGACAGCCUUUUACCCCAACAAGCCGAAGCUUACUCAGGCAGCCAGAUAUUUCCUGCAUUCUUGGAACAGGAGGGAAGUCGCCCCGACUUACGCAGUCUUCAGGGUUCUUUGGAAAUCUCUCCAUGGUUACUAAUCUGGAUGACAGUAACUGGGCAGCUGCAUUUUCAUCACAGCGUUCCGGGCUCUUCACAAACACAGAGCCCCACAGUAUAACAGAAGAUGUAACUAUCAGUGCUGUUAUGUUACGUGAGGAUGAUCCUGGAGAAGCUGCAUCCGUGAGUAUGUUUUCUGAUUUCCUGCAGUCUUUUCUGAAGCACUCUUCAAGUACAGUUUUUGAUCUUGUGGAAGAGUAUGAAAACAUCUGUGGUAGUCAGGUGAAUAUACUGAGUAAAAUAGUGAGUCGAGCAACACCUGGACUUCAAAAAUUUUCAAAAACAGCCAGUAUGCUCUGGCUUCUUCAACAGGAGAUGGUCACAUGGAGGCUGCUGGCUUCUUUGUAUAGAGACAGAAUACAGUCUGCAUUAGAAGAGGAAAGUGUAUUUGCAGUUACUGCUCUUAAUGCCAGUGAAAAAACAGUUGUGGAAGCGUUAUUUCAGAGGGAUUCACUUGUUCGACAAAGUCAGCUGGUGGUAGAUUGGUUAGAGAGUAUUGCCAAAGAUGAAAUUGGAGAAUUUUCUGAUAAUAUUGAGUUUUAUGCAAAAUCAGUAUAUUGGGAAAAUACUCUACAUACCUUAAAACAACGGCAGCUGACAUCUUACGUUGGAAGUGUUCGUCCGCUUGUCACUGAAUUGGACCCUGAUGCUCCCAUAAGACAGAAAAUGCCCCUUGAUGAUCUGGAUAGAGAAGAUGAAGUUAGAUUACUCAAAUAUCUCUUUACUCUAAUCCGUGCUGGAAUGACAGAAGAGGCACAACGACUCUGUAAACGCUGUGGUCAAGCAUGGAGAGCUGCAACACUUGAAGGCUGGAAACUGUACCAUGACCCUAAUGUUAAUGGAGGAACAGAAUUAGAACCUGUUGAAGGGAAUCCAUAUAGACGCAUUUGGAAAAUAAGUUGCUGGAGAAUGGCAGAAGAUGAGCUUUUUAAUAGAUACGAGAGAGCAAUUUAUGCAGCUUUAAGUGGGAAUCUUAAGCAGCUGCUUCCUGUCUGUGACACCUGGGAAGACACAGUUUGGGCCUACUUCCGGGUGAUGGUGGACAGUCUGGUAGAACAGGAGAUCCAGACAUCAGUAGCAACUCUGGAUGAAACUGAAGAACUCCCUAGAGAAUAUCUGGAAGCAAACUGGACCUUAGCAAAGGUUUUUGAGGAACUUCAAGCUACUGAUAAAAAGAGAGUUCUGGAAGAGAAUCAAGAACAUUAUCAUAUAGUUCAAAAGUUUCUUAUCCUGGGAGACAUUGAUGGUUUGAUGGAUGAGUUUAGCAAAUGGCUUUCCAAAAGCAGAAACAGUCUACCUGGACACCUCCUUCGCUUUAUGACUCACCUUAUUUUGUUUUUCCGUACUCUGGGACAACAGACCAAGGAGGAAGUUUCUAUUGAAGUUUUAAAGACAUACAUACAGCUUUUAAUAAGAGAGAAACAUACAAAUCUUAUAGCAUUUUAUACCUGUCAUUUGCCUCAAGACCUAGCUGUUGCCCAGUAUGCAUUAUUUUUGGAAAGUGUUACAGAAUUUGAACAGCGCCACCAUUGCCUGGAGUUGGCUAAAGAAGCAGAUUUGGAUGUUGCAACAAUAACAAAAACUGUAGUUGAGAAUAUUCGAAAGAAAGAUAAUGGUGAAUUUAGUCAUCAUGACCUGGCCCCAGCCCUAGAUACUGGCACUACUGAGGAGGAUCGUUUAAAAAUUGAUGUAAUUGACUGGUUGGUAUUUGACCCAGCACAGAGGGCAGAAGCACUGAAACAAGGCAAUGCAAUUAUGAGAAAAUUCUUGGCAUCAAAAAAGCACGAAGCUGCAAAAGAAGUAUUUGUGAAAAUUCCUCAGGAUUCUAUAGCAGAAAUCUGUAAUCAGUGGGAGGAACAAGGAAUGGAAAGUCCACUUCCUGCUGAAGAUGAUAAUGCUAUCCGAGAACAUUUGUGCAUCAGAGCUUAUUUGGAAGCCCAUGAAACCUUUAAUGAGUGGUUUAAGCAUAUGAAUUCAGUUCCACAAAAACCUACUUUGAUACCUCAACCAACUUUUACUGAGAAAGUGGCUCAUGAACACAAAGAAAAGAAAUAUGAAAUGGAUUUUGGUAUUUGGAAAGGGCAUUUGGAUGCCCUAACUGCUGAUGUGAAGGAGAAAAUGUAUAACGUCUUGUUGUUUGUUGAUGGAGGGUGGAUGGUGGAUGUUAGAGAGGAUGCCGAAGAAGACCAUGAAAGAACACAUCAAAUGGUCUUACUGAGAAAGCUUUGUCUGCCAAUGUUGUGUUUUCUGCUUCAUACAAUAUUGCACAGUACUGGUCAGUAUCAGGAAUGCCUACAGUUAGCAGAUAUGGUAUCCUCUGAGCGCCACAAACUGUACCUGGUAUUUUCUAAGGAAGAGCUAAGGAAGUUGCUGCAGAAGCUCAGAGAGUCCUCUCUAAUGCUCCUAGACCAGGGACUUGACCCAUUAGGGAGGAAGAAGGAAGAACCUGACUUCUGUGUGAAGGACCUUACUGUCGAUCAAGACUGUUACUCAAAGUUCUAUCUCUUAGUCAUUGCACCUGACCUGAUCCAAAACAUAUAUAUAUAUUUGUAUGCACCCCUAGAGACAGCUGUAUAUAUAUACAGUUUUGCCAGGUUGUACGUUUUUUUCUCGAGUUGUAAGUGAACACAGUAGCACUCGUUUACAUUGUCAAGGGGACAUCUUUAGAGAACACAUUUUCUCACUGUUGAGCUAAUAAUGCUUUGUGAAUGUAUGAUCUAAGGAGAAACCCUCGUAGUUAUACCCGAUGAUGCUGUCUGUUGGAAAGUAAAUUUUGAAUGUCUUUUUCCAAAAAUAAAAAAUAAAAACAU